GAAAAAUGCGCCAAGGCCAUCUGCAUGCAGCCUACACGUUGUGCACAAGCGUACAGCUUUUGAUAAAUCGUGAAUAUGUACAUGUACAAAUGUACGUGUAUAUAGUAUUAUUAUGUAGGCUUUAUGUACAUGUACACGUGAGUGCGUUGUGAGCAUAACUGACAAUGCCAUAUACAUGUACGUAUAGUUGCCCACGGUAGCCCUACUUGGAUUGAAGUCCCAUAUUUUUCAAGAUUCGUCCUCGAUUUCCUGCGAUGAUGGUCUGCAGUUCACACGAUCAAUGGUGUGAACUUUGAUGCGAGGGCAGCCAAGCGUGGACGUCAGCGACUGAGUGACCCAGAAACUUGUGUAUCAAGACGCUUGUCGCGGUCUAUCUUAGAUCGGCCUAGCUUUGGCUGCAUCCGAACAUGUCUGCCCUGUUGCUUCCCGCCGUCGUGGCCGGCUCGGCCCUGACGUUCCAGGCUUUCAACCGGGCGUUGGACCGUCUGCCCAGGCGGUACGGGCCGUGUGGGAAGUACUCGGACACGGACAAGCACAAGUGGAGAAACGCGGCCACGUCGUUGCUGAAUUCGUUCGUCAUGUCUGUUCUCGUUACGACUUGUUUUUACUGGUACCCUGGGCUAUGGAACGACAUGGCGAAGUACAGCACACAGCUGGGCGAAAUAACAUAUGCUGUUCUUGUCGGUUACUACAUGUAUGACUUCUACGAUCUGGUUGUCUACAGCAAGUUCUCUGCAAUAUGGCCGCUUUUAGGACAUCAUCUUACGGGUAUUUUUCUGUUGGCAUUGGUGAAUGCGUACCAACAAGGCAUGGGCGUGAUUCUCGUCGCCUUAUUAUGUGAGGUCAACGCCGUCUUUUUACACCUCCGCCAGCUCCUCCUGAUGCAUGGAGUCCCCAGGCAAUCCAUCCUCUUCCGCGUCGUCAAGAUCGUCAACCUCGCGACGUUUGUCAUCUUCCGGUUGAUCCCCAUGGUGUACUCGGGCUACUGCACCCUGGUCUUCGACAUGGCCGUCAUCUUGGCUGUCAUCACGCCGCUGUGCAACGUGGCCAUCGUCACUGUCAAUAUCGUGCUGUUCCGUCGCGUUGUCUACAACGACUUUAUCCGAAGGGACAAUAACAACAAGAGUGAAGAGGCCUUUAUUAUGGACAGAUAGGAUCCCAGCUUUCAUGGAUUGACGUUUUUGUGAGCACUGUCAUGCAACUGUUAAGCCCAAAAUGGUGCUUUUAAGCAGCAUGCACACGAUCCUGCAAGGAUCCUUUUAUUGAGCACAGAAACUCACCCAGAACGGGAUACUAGCCAACGCGACAUUGCAUGUGUUUUGCUGUUGACUGUUCUCCACUGAUUUACCUCAGCACACCACUUUUUUUGAUUAGCAGCUUCGUUCGUGAAAUCUGAAGAUUUCUCCAGCAGGUUUUUUUUAAUUUUAAGGGAGGGAGGCAAUUAAUAUGUUAUAACAAAAUACUGGCGGACAUGCAAAACAUUUAAACAAAAUUUCACUUUUUUACAAAGUUUAAUUUCCAUGACCGUAGGCUUUGGGGGAAAAAAAACCGAUAGCUCCAUGCUGUUCAUUUGCUUAUUCGAAGGAUUCGUUCCAUGCGGACGAUUAUCUGACAUUUGAAGCAUGACGAUAAUCUUCGUGUAUGUUAACAAAAAUGGCAUUAUUAAUAUAAUACGUAUUUAACUAUGCUCUUUUAUUCUACGCACACCUUGCAUUCAACUCUAACUGCUUUUUUUACCCUCAUAUUUAAAUAUUUGGCUUAUUUGCCCAUGUAUAUUGCUGCUACGCUUCCUAUGUACAAGAGGCCUUGUUUUCAUAAAAGGCUGAAAUUACAGUGCCUAAGAUUUCCCGAUUUUCCUUAAGAGAUGAAAACAUGACGGAAAUCCGGUGUUAAAACGCCAUGAAAUGGAUCUUUCCACAUUUUUUGUUUGCGAAUGGGAGCGUGAUAUAGAUGUAGGUCUAUUCUAUAAUAACCAUAGAGCUGUAUUAAUAUUUAAUAUAGCUCUAUGAUAAUAACCGUUCGCGUUGCCGAAAAAAGAACUUCACUCUAAGAUUUGCUGUGUAAAACUGUUGAUCAAAAUGCAACGACGCAAGAAUGCUACAGUGUUCAUGUGUUGAUUAAUUGGUGCUGAAGAAUAUAACUGAUUCUCAUGAACAAUAUUUUGUAUUCAAAGUGAUAUCCCUAUCCGUAAAGAGUGCAGCAUUAAAGUAUCCAUAUCGAACGA